GUGGAUGACGUCAUGAGGCGGCGCCCCUAGCAACGGUGGUUCUUAGGGAGCGGCCGACGUGGCAGCAUGGACGCGACCACCGGCCCGCACCGCAUCCCCCCGGAAAUGCCCCAGUACGGGGAGAGGCACCACGUCUUCGAGAUGAUGCAGAGCAUGCUGGAGCAGCUUCUGAUCCACCAGCCCAAGGAUCCCCUCCAGUUCAUGAUCGAGCACUUGCAGCGAAACAACGACCGCGUGCCGAAGAUCGUGAUCCUGGGCCCGCCCGCCUCGGGGAAGACAACCAUCGCCAUGUGGCUCGCCAAGCACCUGAAGACCAACCUCCUCACCCUGGACAGCCUGCUGGCCAUAGACCACUCGGAGCUGGCCGAAGGGGCCCGGAGGCACUAUGAGAGGAAGAGGUCGGUGCCCAGCAUGCUGCUCGUCAGACUNNAUAGCGGGCGCCUUUGGGAAUUCUCCGCCCAGGGCUGGAUCCUGGACGGCAUCCCCGAGACGCGGGAGCAGGCGAUGAUGGUCCAGACCCUCGGGAUCACCCCCAGGCACGUCAUAGUGCUGAGCGCCCCGGACACGGUCCUGAUCGAAAGGAACUUGGGGAAGAGAAUCGACCCUCAAACUGGAGAGAUCUACCACACCACCUUCGACUGGCCCCCCGAGCCUGAGGUCCAGAACCGCCUGGUGGUGCCCGAGGGCAUCUCGGAGCGGGAGACGGUGCAGAGGCUGCUGCGGCACCACAGGAACAUCGUCAGGGUGCUGCCCUCGUACCCCGGGGUCCUGAAGGUCAUCAGCGCUGACCAGCCCUGCGUGGACGUCUUCUACCAGGGUGAGCGCGGCGGGCGCGGCCACGGCUCAGAGCUCGCACAAAAUUUAACUGUGAUGCCUCAGUUUGAUCCUUUCUCAUACCGGGUGUCCGCCCUGAAGUCACCGAUGGAGCCCAUCCUGAUGGGUCUCUGGCCCCCCCCCAUCCCCCCGGGUGUCUUUCUCUCGCUCUUUCCCUCCUGCUGGAAUGUGACAGGGUCUCUGUCCCCCCCCCACCCCCCAGUGUGCUGCGGGCAGCUGCUGAAGGAGGCCGUGGCCGACAACUCCAGGCAGGGCAAGGCCAUCCAGCCCUUUUUUGAAAAGGAGAUGACAGUCCCCGACAGCCUCAUCCUGAAGGUGCUGAACCAGCGCCUGAGCCAGCAGGACUGCGUGCACCGAGGGUGGGUGCUGCACGGCUUCCCGCGGGACCUGGACCAGGCGCGCCUGCUGGACAGCGUGGGCCACAAGCCCAGCAGGGUCUUCUUCCUGAACGUGCCACUAGACUCGGUCAUCGAGCGGCUGACCCUGAGGAGAACCGAUCCUGUCACUGGAGAAAGGUACCACCUCAUAUACAAGCCGCCUCCGACCAUGGAGGUCCAGGCCCGUCUCCGGCAGAACCCCAAGGAUGCCGAAGAGCAAGUCAAGUUCAAGAUGGACCUGUUCUACAGGAACUCGGCUGAGCUGGAGGAGUUCUACAAGCAGGCCAUCACCCUCAACGGGGACCAGGACCCCUACACCGUCUUUGAGUACAUCGAGAGCGGGAUCACCCACCCCCUGCCCCAGAGAGUCCCCUGA